CAGCCCACACUGAUCCACACAGCGCCUCAAUUCCAGUCUUAUAGCCUGCGUUUUCUCUCCUGCCUCCCGCCGGAGUCGCGACUGCCAUCCACGGAAUCUAGCUUAGCUACUGCUACUAGGACCUCCCUUAGCUGCCCAUAAAAGGUGGGAAAUAAAAGAGAAGUUCUACCUCAAUCUUGUAACCCGACAAUAUUUUCCCACCCCUCUGAACAAGAGACUUGGAGUUACUUGGAACUACACUCAACUUUGAGGGUUACAGAGUUUAGACAAAACAGAAGUCCGAGCUGAAAAAGCCUGUAAGCGAUAUUUAAACUCUGCGCUAAAGAGCUCAGCAGCUUCACCGCUUCAGUCUGAGACUAAUGAUGUGAGGAUGAGCUACAGACACGUUAACACGGAAGUUCUCACCUCCAUCCACUUCGAGCAGAGACGCUCUGCAGACGUUAGUCCUGAUCUUCUCUCAGCUCCACAUGUCAAUCAAACUGACUCGCUCCGAGUUUCAGCUCCACUCAGACCUGCAGGAUGAGGACCGUUUAUCUGGGAAUGCUGCUCUUAUUCCAAAGCGCUGUUUCCUCCUUAACGGAGUUCAGCGUUAAUGGAGAGAUCAGGAACUUUGCUGUUGGAAACGGGAAAGUGUUCGUCGUCACCGACUCUCAGCUCCUCCAGAUGAGGCUCGAUCUAGUAGAGGAAAAACAGAAGGACAUACAGAACCACAGACACCAGAACCGAGUUAAUAUUUUACUGCCUUUCGACGCGAAUAAGACCCUGAUAACCUGCGGAACCUCUGACUGUGGAUACUGUGAACUCCUGGACAUCAAUGACAUCAGCAGAAGUCUCUACAGGGAGGAUGUUACAGUCGGACCAUCUGUUAAUAAAUCAUCUGUUUCUUUUCUUGUAGAUUUUGAUGAAGGAACAGAGAAAUACAUGCUGGUUGCCAGAGAAAAGGUUCCUGAUGACUGUGGCUCUGAUGAAGGAGUUUUUCUGCAGAACACUCUGGAAUCUCAGGCAGGAGGAAUUUUCUCUAAAUCAGGCAUUGAGCCAAUUGAAACCAGCAUUUCUCUACAGAGUGAUGCUGAGUGGAUUGACGGCUUCCAAUCAUCUCCUCCCUCUCACUCGUACCUGCUGGUGAACGUUAAGUCUAGAACAGGUCCAGCUGUGGUGGUCUUAAGGAUGAAGAACAGCCACAGUAAAACUGAAAUGACCAGAUCUUUAGAAGGUGCAGUGCUACAGUGCUGUGAUGAUAAAGAGCGUAAAAAGCUCUUGUCCUCCUCUGUAGUUCUCUCCUCUGGAUCUCCUCUUCUCUGGGCGGGAAUAUUCACUGCACAAGAAUCGAACGACCCCCAGAAAACUGCUUUGGCCAUUUACGACCUGAGUCAGAUCAGAGACCGAGUACCUUCAUAUUUCAGCUGUAAACCAACGUGCAGAGCUCAGAAAGGAGAAGAUGUUCUGAGGCCUCGUGCUGUGGUGCUCAAACACAGGUCAAUGUCAUCUGUAGCAGCAGAAAAGAAAGGAGCCUGGAUUGAGCUCUACAUAGGAACUGCUACUGGACAACUGCUGAAGGUCUGA